CAGAUACAUUCAACCCGAGUUAAGCGGCGCGUGCGCAACAGUUGAUCGUACAGCGAGAAUCACAUUCCCCAGUUGGACAUAUCCACACAUAGGCGGCCACCACAUGAAGUGCUUUUUUGUUUUAGUUGCUGCAGCGCUGGUGCUGAGCGCCCAGGCGCAGGAGCAGCAGGUGCAGGAUCAGGAGCAGACAGCGGCAGUGCCCGCGGCGGAUCAAGUGAGUUCCGCUAGCAACUAUGCGCCGCUGCAGGAGAAGAAGCAAGAGAAGCGCUAUGUUGGUGGAUAUGGUGGAUACGGUGGUGGUUACGGCAGCAACUAUGGCGGCUACGGCGGCAACUAUGGCGGAUAUGGCUCCACGCUAGGAGCUGGCUACGGCAGCGGCGUGGAUAGCUACUACAAUCCAUAUGGUUCACGUGGACUUGGCGGUCUAGAUGGCGCCACUGGUUAUGGUGGUUACGGCAGCGCUUUGGGAGGCUACGGCUCGGCAUUGGGUGGUUACGGUUCCGCACUUGGCGGCUACGGUUCAAGCUUGGGCGGCUACGGCUCCUCCUUGGGCGGCUACGGCUCCUCGUUGGGCGGCUAUGGCUCGUCGCUGGGCGGCUACGGCUCAUCGUUGGGCAACUACUACAACUCGAAUCCGUAUGCAUAUUACAGCCGUCUGGGUGCCGGCACUGGCUAUCCUUACUACAACACACGCUUCGGCGCCGGUGGCUAUCCCUCCAGCUAUUACAACAGCAACUAUGGUAACAGCGUCGUCGGCGGCGGUCUAGGCGCUCUGGGCGGUGUACCGCCCAUUGGUGCGGGCGCAGCUGGUUACAAUUACGGCGCUGGCAUCUCCGGCACCGUCUAUUAGAACCAACAGUACAACAUAGCAUUAACACCAUUAAGCUUAGUGCAAUUUACAUGUAUUUUUUUUUUUCUGCCGCAUGCUACAAUUUUUUUUCUAAC